AGAAAUAUGGGGCAGGGACAAAGCGGGCUCCCGGGCAGCAAGAAGCCCGAGAAGAAGGACGAAGCGCCCAAGCGCAAGAAGUUCGAGCCGCGCGGGGGCGCCAUGACCCGCAAGCGCAAGAAGAAGAAGGGUCCCUCGGUCGCGACGCGGAUCCCCGCGGUCUUCCCGACCGCCAAGUGCAAGCUGCGCCUCCUCAAGCUCGAGCGCAUCAAGGACUUCCUCUUGAUGGAAGAGGAGUUCAUCAAGAACCAAGAGGUCAUGAAGCCCAAACAGGAGAAGGACGAGGAGGAGCGUUCCAAGGUCGACGACCUCCGUGGCACGCCCAUGGGCGUCGGGACUCUGGAAGAGAUGAUUGACGACAACCACGCGAUCGUGUCGUCCAGCGUCGGCCCUGAGUACUACGUCAGCGUCAUGUCGUUCGUCAACCAAGACAUGCUCGAGGCGGGCUGCUCGGUCUUGCUCCACAACAAGGUCAUGGCGGUCGUUGGUAUCCUCUCGAACGACACGGAUCCGAUGGUCAGCGUCAUGAAGGUCGACAAGGCGCCGCUCGAGUCGUACGCUGACAUUGGUGGCCUCGACCAGCAAAUCCAAGAGAUCAAGGAAGCUGUCGAACUGCCGCUCACACAUCCCGAACUCUACGAAGGCAUUGGCAUCAAGCCGCCGAAAGGUGUCAUUCUCUACGGUGAGCCCGGUACCGGCAAGACGCUUCUCGCCAAGGCCGUCGCCAACCAGACGUCGGCGACCUUCUUGCGUGUCGUGGGCUCGGAGCUCAUUCAAAAGUACCUCGGUGAUGGCCCGAAGCUCGUGCGUGAGAUGUUCCGCGUCGCCGAUGACCACGCGCCGUCGAUCGUGUUCAUCGACGAAAUCGAUGCUGUCGGUAGCAAGCGCUACGACUCGAGCAGUGGCGGUACCCGUGAAAUUCAGCGUACGAUGCUUGAGCUCCUUAACCAGCUCGAUGGUUUCGAUGAACGUGGUGAUGUCAAGGUGAUCAUGGCAACGAACGCCAUUGAAAGCCUUGAUCCGGCUUUGAUUCGGCCAGGUCGUAUCGAUCGCAAGAUCGAGUUCCCGCUCCCGGACGUCAAGACCAAGCGCCGCAUUUUUGCGAUCCACACGAGUCGUAUGAGUCUCUCGGACGACGUCGAGCUCGAGGAGUUUGUCAUGUCCAAGGACGAGCUCUCGGGCGCUGACAUCAAGGCUGUGUGCACGGAAGCCGGCCUCUUGGCGCUUCGCGAGCGCCGCAUGCGCGUAACGCAAACCGACUUUCGCAAGGCCAAGGAAAAGGCUCUGUACAAGAAGAAGGCCAACAUCCCCGAAGGUCUCUACUUGUAAGCGGCUCCGCCUUGUCGCGCAAUGCAAUGAAUGAAAUACAUGACACCACUA